AUGUCUCAACGCGCCAUCCAGAUCCAGAGCCCCAAAGUGGCCAAGCUGGUCACCGACGCACCGAUUCCUAAGAUCCGCGACGACUAUGUUAAAGUUAAGACUGUCGCUGUCGCCCUUAACCCCACGGACUGGAAGCACAUCGACUUUUUGGCCACCGAGGGCGCCAUUGUCGGAUGUGAUUACAGUGGUAUCGUUGAGGAGGUCGGCUCCGUAGUGACCAACCUGAAGGUUGGUGAUAAGGUUGCUGGUUUUGUUCACGGCAGCAACGGCGACAACAUCGAAGACGGCGCUUUUGCCGAACACAUCGUGGCCAAGGCCGCCAUUCAAAUUAAGAUCCCCGAUAAUAUCUCCUUUGAGGAGGCCUCCACCCUCGGUGUCGGCGUUACCACCGUCGGCCAGGGCUUAUACCAGUCCCUCGAGCUACCAUGGCCCUCCACGACUUCCACCACAACAGAGAAUUCCCCCGCCAUCCUCAUUUAUGGCGGUAGUACCGCAACCGGCACGCUCGCUGUUCAAUUCGCUAAGCUCUCCGGCUUCAAGGUCCUAGCAACUGCCUCCCCACAUAACUUCGACCUCCUCCGCUCCCUCGGCGCCGAUGAGGUCUUCGACUACCACUCUCCCACCGUUGGCGCUGAGAUCCGCGCUGCCACUAACGACCAUCUCGCCCACGUCUUCGACUGUAUCGCGUCCGAAAGCUCCGCCGCCAUCUCUGCCGAGGCGAUCAGCAGCAAGGGCGGUACUUACAGUAGCUUGUUGCUUGUUAAGGAGUUCCCGCGCGCGGACGUUGAUAACAAACGUACUCUUGCUUACACUGGUAUUGGCGAGACCUACCACAAGGGCGGUUCGGAGUUUGCGGCGGACCAGUCGCAGUUGGACUUCCAGGUUAAGUUCUGGGAGUUGUCGAGGGAGCUGUUGGCUCAGGGGAAGGUUAAGGUGCAUCCUCCUGAGGUGCGGGAGGGUGGUUUGGAGAAGAUUCUGGAGGGUGCGGAGGAUCUGAAGCAGAAUAGGGUUAGCGGUGUUAAGCUUGUGUAUCGUGUCUAA